AUUUAGAGCGGAUGCUGGAAAAAUGGAAUUUGCAACAGAAGUUGGCAAACAGAUUACAGAUUUUAUUUGCAUUUUCUUUGCUCUGCAAUUGAAUCUAAACUGCCUGCAAAUUGAAUGGCCCCCAAGCAGUGAUUCUUGCCACAUCUGUUGCAGAAACUAUUCCUAAUGGACAGAGUGUACUUCCUCCUUCCGCUACGUUUGUCCAUAAAUAUCAUUUGUUUACCCAACACUUUUCCAUUAUAUAUUUUCGGGGGGGAAUUAAUGUCAUAUUUAUGGGGCCACCGUCGUGCCCCCCCGUCACGAUUUAUGGGCGUGGCAAUUAAAUUAUAAGGAAUGGCACAGCAAAUAUAGAAGCAUAAAGAUAUAUAAAAGAUAUCUGAUAGAUAUAUGAUGUAUGAAAGUGGGAGGCGAGUGCAAACAUUCGGUAAUUAUUGACACACAUAAUUGCUGUGCUGAACUGUGUGUGCUGCUUGGUGUUUGCUGACUCGGGAAAAGUGGCGGAAAGUCUACAUGUAGAUACAAAUAUACGCGGGAGAUACUAUGCCGCAUUCACAACCCAUACACCAAAUGAUAUUUGUUAUGGCUAAUGCACGAGGCCAGCAGCGAGCAAAUAGAGAUAUGGGAAUAUGCGGAAUAUGGAAAUGUGUAUAUGGGUGGGAUACACUCCCAUUUCAGGGAAUAUUCUCCACUAACGACCUCUUGGGUCUGUCUCCUUGCAUUACAAAAUCAACAUAAUACUUUGAGGCUGCAUCCUGGGCACACCAAGGAUGGAAGGACAAACCAAUUAGCGGCAGCCUCUCCUAAUUGAUUGAUGGUCGCUGUAGGGUGUGCCCACUGUUGACACUUUGACUUAAAUAGCUUCCUCGCCUCUAAAUAGCUCCUCCCCAAUCAGGCACUCGACACGCCAUAUCGCUACCACAUUUAUCGCCCAUCAAUAUCGAAAUAAUUUUCAUACUUGAUAAGCAAAUUGGCGUCGUCCACUCGUGUGGGGCUUUUCUGCUACUUUGCUUGCAAUUCCUCGAUGAUGAUAUAUGAUGAAUGGGAGCCAUGACAUGAAGCGGCACCUCACAAUGACAGCCACUUGAGCUGGCCUUUCAGAUUAACAAUUAAAUGUCGGCAUUGAUCAAUGGAAACGGAGCACUUCCCCCACAAGACAUGUCAGGUCAUGCAUUGGCAUAAUGCGGCCAGAUGUUGCUCCCUUUUAGCCCAGUUUUAAACACUUUUAAAGACUGCCCGUCCCGCCAUUAGGGUAAGUGUCUGUUUAUGGCCUAAUUUCCUGUCCUGUUCACACCCUGAACCAUGAACUAGAGCAUAUGGCCCAAAUUACAACCCAUUAAAUGCAUGACGCACUACAAUUUAUCAAUCGAUUCUCGUGAAGCUUUCACAAAGGGAAUCAACUGGGAUUGACACUAGUGAGAGUGGCACAUGAGUUUGAGGGAUAUUUAUUAUUAAAUCCUCCUUGUGGAGGAGUAGUUUGAAAUAUUUGAUCUAACUUUCUGAGAAAUCUAUCCGCCUGUCUCCUGUCACCGUUCCUACGUCUGUCUGUCUGUCUACCUAUCAGUAUGUCCGUGCCUGUGCCUAAUCGAGUACUCAGAUACUGAGAACGAAACCCUUUCCCGAACACAGGCCUUCACCGCCACGAGCAUCGUACUGAUCGAGAGCGUGGGGGACCACAGAUACAGCAGUCAGGCAAUGCUGGUGUGCGGCACCCUCACCGGCUACGCGAUCAUCUGUACCACACUGGGCCUUGGUCAUCUGGUGGGAGCGAACAUUGACAAGCGCAUCGAUGUCCUGUUCUCGGUGGCCGCCGUGAUCCUCUUUAUAGCCAGUGGGGCCGUCAUCCUCGACCGCUGGCUGGACGCCUAUGAAAAGGACAGCGACAAGAACAGUGUCCUGGUAGCGGCAAUAUUCUGUUUGACCAACGGCGCCAUCUUUGUGGGGGAUACCUUUGUAGUGCUGAAUGCCUGAUCAAAUAAAAUCCAGUUCCAAUCAAUUGCCAGAGAAUUGUUUUAACGGACUGCAACAAUAAAACUAACCAGGAACCCGAGACUAAUUUUUGCACCGUUUUCCAGCAAUCUUCUAACGAUCUUUCUCAUCUAUCUGUUCUGUUCUGUUCUGUUCUGUUC